AUGGGAAACCGAAGUGCCAAGCAUUUGUGUGAAUCCAUCGUUCCAGACCAGGAUCCCUUAACGUCGAUACCGCUGAGUGGGCGGAUUGUGCAUGCUGACAUCACUCGUGACUUUGAUAUCAAGCCAACAGUGCUGGGAACAGGAUACUCUGGCGCCGUGCGCUUGGCGGAGCAUAAACUCACAAAGCAACAGGUUGCAGUGAAGCAAUUUAGCAAACAUGGUCUAAAGCCUCACCGCCUCAAGCUGUUGAAGAGUGAAGUGGAGGUGUAUCUCCGAUUGGACCACCCAAACAUAUGCAGGCUUUUGCAUGCUUACGAGGGCAGCAGGGAUGUGUGGCUUGUGAUGGAGCUAUGUCAGUGCGAGCUCUACACCCGUCUCUGCAGGAGCAAGGUCUAUUGUGAGGAAAAUGCUGCAGAUGUCAUGCGGCAGGUUCUGCAGGCGAUCAACUAUUUGCACCUGCACAACAUUGUUCACAGGGACCUGAAAUUGGAGAAUUGGAUGUAUGGGACCUCAUCCACAGACAAGGACCGCUUGAAGCUGAUAGAUUUUGGCUUCUCGGAAAUCAUGGCAAGUGAUGACACAGUUCUUCAGAUGCCUUGUGGAACCCUGCACUACACCAGUCCAGAAGUGCUGAGCAGAAGCUACAGCAGCAAGAGUGUGGGUGUCAUUUGCUAUAUGUUGCUGGUUGGGCGACCUCCUUUUCGCGGGGCUACAAAUUCCAAGAUCGCACAUGCCAUCAUGAAUGUCGAGUUCCCCAGAGAUGGGCGCUGGCAAUACUUGUCGCUGGAUGCGCAGGACUUCAUUGAACGGCUUUUGAAGAAGGAUGUUGCAGAGAGAAUGAACGCCAGUGAGGCCCUGGAACAUCCUUGGCUGAAAGCUCGGAAAACGACCCCUUCUUUGGACAUUGGAACUGAUGUCUUGAAGAGCUUGAGGACGUUUGCCCAAGGUUCUCAUUUGCGUCGAGCAGCUCUGACCAUUUUGGCCUAUAGUUUGACCUCUGCAGAACUCGAAGGUUUGGAAGAAACUUUUUUGGAUUUUGACAGCUCGGGACGAGGCACCAUCAGUCUUGAGCAGCUGAAAGAGACCAUGCAGUCGCGCUUGCGUGUGUCCUCCGAAGAAGUCGGACGGAUUUUUCACAGUUUCGACUCACAGAGUGAAGAGAUUCAAUAUACCCCCUUUGUGGCAGCUUUGCUGGAGACACGGAUAGGGCAUCACGAGAGCAAGGUUCGAGCUGCCUUCGAAGCCUUCGAUGUGGAGGGGAAAGGCUACAUUACGGCCGAUUCGUUGGUGCAUGGCUUCAAUCGAUUGAGCAAAGGCACGCAGAAGAGUCUCUCCAAAGAGGAAGCGGAGCACUGGAUCCGGGAAGUGGACUUUAAAGGAAAUGGUGUCGUCAAUUACACCUCAUUCUUGGCCGCCCUAAUGGGAAAGAGUUUGCGCGGAUUGCCUUCUACAGAAGAUCUUGCAGACCACCCAACCUUGAGGAUUUUUGAUGACAGCCCGGAUGGUGGUCGCCCUCGGGGCUUUACGGAGUCCUUUGCCUCAACCACGGCGAGUACCAACACGGUGCGGCAGCUCCUGAAUGAUGUUGGAAAAGAUGGACGAGACGUCAGGGACAAAGAUGGACGUGUCAGAUCUAGAUCCUUUACAGGCUCUGUUGAAUGCGCCGAACGAGUGCAGAUCCGAAAUAUGGCCUGCGAAGUAGACGAGCGAUACUUUGCAUGA